AUGCUUUCCGGGAUCCCGGGGAAAUGCACGGUCCUAGUGGUGGGUGGAGGUCCGGGGGGCUCCUACUGUGCCGCCGCUUUGGCAAGAGAGGGGGUUAAUACAGUGCUCCUUGAAGCAGACAUGUUUCCUCGGUAUCACAUCGGAGAGAGUAUGCUUGCAUCCAUGCGUCAUUUGCUCCGCUUCAUCGACUUGGAUGAAGCGUUUGACAAGUACGGGUUCGUCAAGAAGGAUGUGAAGGCACCACCCUAUCCUGGAAUAUGCCCUGUACUAACAAAUUUCAUAGAUACCGACUUUAUCGCCGCUGGUGGCCCGGAAAAUUACGCUUGGAACGUUGUGCGGUCUGAAGCAGAUAACUUAAUGUUCCAGCACGCUGCCAAAUGUGGUGCAAAGACUUUCGAUGCCGUCAAAGUCAAGAGUAUCGAGUUCGACGCAGAUGGCCCUUCGGAGCUGGGACGGCCGGCCUCCGCGUCAUAUGUGCGAAAGGUCGAAGCGAACGGCGACCAAGUCACCGGGGUGAUCGCGUUUGACUAUAUUGUCGAUGCGAGUGGACGAUUGGGAAUGCUUAGCACCAAAUAUUUGAAGAAUCGGCGCUAUAACCAAAGCCUGAAAAACGUCGCUCACUGGGGGUACUGGUGUGGAGCCACGCCAUAUGCACAGGGCACUCCGAGAGAGAACUCGCCAUUUUUUGAGGCUUUACAAGAUGAGAGUGGUUGGGCAUGGUUUAUCCCCUUGCACAAUGGCACUGCCUCUGUCGGGAUCGUGAGGAAUCAGGAAUUGGCAACAGCCGGGAAGAUUCAGUCCGGACUAGACCUCAAAGAGUUCUAUCUGGAGACACUCAACAAAGUGGCUCCUGAUAUCCGACAGCUGCUUGGGAACGGGGAACUUAGCUCUACGGUCAAGUCGGCUUCGGACUAUUCAUACAACGCAUCAUCGUAUGCUAUUCCUUAUGCUCGUAUCGUCGGCGAUGCAGGGUGCUUCAUCGACCCUUACUUCUCAUCUGGGGUUCAUUUGGCCUUAGUAGGCGGUCUCUCGGCCGCCACAACGAUCUGCGCCGCUCUACGAGGAGACUGUGAGGAACCGGCUGCGGCUAAUUGGCACUCCAAGAAGAUUGCAGACAGCUAUACUCGCUUCCUUCUGGUUGUGCUCAGCGCUUAUCGCCAAAUUCGCAGCCAUGAAGACCCGGGAACUGCCGAUGUGGUCCCGAGAAAACUAACGCAAGAGGAACUGAACAAGACCCUUGAGUUCUGUGCUAAUGCUUUCGAGCCGGCCCAGCCUGAUGUCCGUGAAAAGGUUCUGGAAAGGAUCGGAAGUAGCUCUGUCGACAAGGCUGGCAAGAUGCAGGCCUUCCAACCUGAUCUCUCGGCUGAAGAGCAACAAACGGUCAAGCAUAUUCGGGCUCGACAGAUGAUGCGUACUGAGGAUACCAUGAACCUCGAAACCUUCGGUACUGAUGCCAUCGAUGGUCUUCUGCCGAACCUGAAACGUGGCAGCUUGGGUUUGAUGACGAGCGUGGCUUAG